UUAUACUUACCUACAUUUGAAGUGUGAAUUUAUCUAGGACAGUGUCACAAUUUCAAGAAUGGCGCACAAAUUCAAUGAAGAUUUUCUCAACUUAUUUUGUGAAAAGAACUCUGACGGAACAAAGAAUUUGCGCCUUAAAGGGAAUGAACUGCAACAGAGAAUUGGAAGCCGGGUGAAAGCCAAAGACAUGCACUGUAUUGCAAAUUUUCUGAAUGCUCACAGGGAAAUAACGAGAUUGGACUUAAGCUACAAUGACUUUGGAGAUAAAGGACUGAUGAUACUUUCUGAUGAAUAUUUCAGUCGAGAAAACGAUCUUCUGCAUAUCAACAUAAUGCAUUGUGACAUUGGGGUGGAAGGAUUGGAGUUGUUUUCUUGUAGCGAAUGCUUACAUUUGAAAUCAUGCAGACUUAAUGGAAAUAAAAUUGGAAGUAGGGGUGCUCGUUUCAUAGCACAACUCAUCGACAGAUGUCCAUCUUUAGAAUACAUUGACAUUGCCGAAACUGACCAAACACUAGAAAGCAUUGAGUCAAUAUUGAUAGUAAUUGAGCAUAGUACUAUAAAGGUAUUGGAUAUAUCGAGAAUCAUUCCCAAUUCGUACUAUACGAAGUAUAACAAAGCAACAUUGGCUGACGACCUAUCAGUGGUCUUAAAACUCAACCAAACUCUUGUCGAGUUGCAUGUGCAAAAAUUUGAGUUUGACGGCCAUGACGUUGAACUUCUCUUGAGUGGUUUGAAUGUCAAUAAAACCUUGCUGGUCCUGGAUUUGGGAUGCAACGCCAUUGGUGAUCUUGGCAUGGAGAUAUUAUCUGAAUGGUUGAAAACCAGGCCAUCCUGUAGGGCUUUGAAUGUCUCCUCGAAUGAUAUUCAUGAUAGUGGUGCUAGAGCUCUUAGCUUUGGUCUGCCAUUUUCUAAAUUGAGAUUCCUGGACAUAAGUAAUAACAACAUUGGAGAUUCUGGUCUGGUCGAUUUGCUCAAUACAUUGAAGAAAUUUUGCAGGAUGCGUAUGUUGUUCUUAUGGGGUAACAAAUUUGGUCCUCAUGCUUGUCAUAAACUGGAUAGGAUGCUGGAGUCAAAAGUACUCGAACAAGAUUACCUAGAUAUCAAAAUCUACAAAGUCGAUGAGAAACUUCACGCAGCCUACUACCCUGUGAACCAUUACAAGCAUAUAUAUUACAACGUGAUGGACCACGGAUGUCCUGUGGAACUGAAAAUCAAAAAGAACAAGAUCAUCGACCCUGCAGCGCUGCCUAGGGAGUUGCUGAAUAUGUCGCACUACGGAAGGUAUCCUCCCGUGGAUGAGAGUUUGGGGUUGAAGAAAGAAGUUCAAAAAGUCUGCAAAUCAGAGGUCGAACAGAAAGAAGUGAACGAUGUAGAACAAAACCAGUUUUCAAUGCGAAGAAAAUGUAACUGAUAGCUGAUGAAAACAUGUAAUAUACAAAAUCACGUAUACCUAUUAUCGUCAGCAUAAUUUUUGGUGAAUACUGGAGAACCACUCAGUGACCAUGCAGAUAUUUUUAUUUAUCUAUUCAAUACAACUUUGGGAUACAAACAGCUUCAAAACGCAGAAAAUUAUCCGCUGAUACAAUAUUUUGCAUGACAGCUCGUUGACAUCUUAUAGUAGUAAUCUUCUUUCGAUCUGAACUAACUGAAAUAUUUCACUAGAAAUGAAUCGAAUCGUUCUUUCGAAUGACGUUCAUAUUAUGUACAGUGUUGCCAAGUUUCCAAUAUGUACAUGACACUUUGUUAUGGAGAAUAAGAAAUAUCAUUUAUUUAAUUUUCGAACACGAUCUGGUGUGAAAUCUCCGUACCG